CAGGUCUUCAAGUUUGAUAGCCCAAAGAAUAUUUCUACCGUUGGGUGCCUCGAAAGAUGUCACAUCCAGCGAUCUUGGAUCGCCAAGUUACCUAGAUUUCGGGAUUCGCAAAUCGUGGCCUUGUGAACGUCAAUCAAGUCAACUGCCGUGGCGGCUUUCAAAACCUCAACCCCCCACUAAGAAAGAAAAGAAAAAAAAACCAAAAAAAAGCGGGUGCUGAUCGCCCAAACACCUUCACUUGCAACUGAACUGCACCUCUUCACAGACCCUCCAGCGCAUCCACGGAAGUCGCCCACUCUCACUCUAUCCUUCCACUUGAUAUCAAGAGCUUGGGACUGUCAUCAAUAUGGAGGCCACUCCGGAAAGAUCUAACCAGGAUAUUGUUCAUCCGCUCAAGCUCUUUGAUAUUGCAAAGAGUGAAAAAAGACUUCUUUACACUUUGGCGCCCAUGGUGAGGUAUGGCAAGCUUGCCUUCCGUCAAACCGUACAUGACUAUGGUACAGAUCUUUGCUGGACGCCCAUGAUUCUUGCCAAAGAGUUCAACAGGAACCGAUUUGCCAGAGAUAGUGAUCUCACUAUCUCCACAAACGGACCUCAACCUCCAACAGUGGUACAAUUUGGUGCCAACGAUCCCCAGGAGUUAGCCCGAGCGUCUACCCUCGUAGCUCCUUACGCCGGCGGCGUGGAUCUAAACUGCGGAUGCCCUCAGUCAUGGGCGUGCGCCGAGACGCUUGGUGCCGCGCUGAUGGAAAAGCGAGAACUGGUGCGGGACAUGGUCAUUGAGACUCGAGAGUAUCUGAGACGAGAUGGAUGGGGUGUUGGGAAGGAGAGGGAUGUCGAUAACCCCAAGGGAAGGAGCGUCAGCGUCAAGAUCCGUGUUCACAAAGACUUGAGAAAAACGAUGGACUUCAUCACCACCGUCCUGGGCCCCUCGCAGGACCGCCACAUCGACUGGCUUACUAUUCACCCUCGCACUCGCCAAACCCCGUCCAGCACACCCAUCAACGUCGAAGCGCUUGAGAUCCUCACCAGCACCUUCGGCGACAAAGUCCCCAUUCUCCUCUCAGGCGACGUCUUCACCCUCAACUCUCUCCCCUUCACCUCCCCUUUGCUAGAUCCAGCCAACACACCCACCCUCACCAGCAAGUCCAUCACCACCGAUAAUGUUGAGAAAAAGAAAACACCACAAUCCCCUCUGCUUAACCUCCCCAAACUCUCCGGGCUAAUGUCCGCCCGCGCCAUCCUCGCCAACCCGGCCCUCUACGCCGGCUACGACGCAUGCCCGUGGGAGGCCGUGGAGACGUUCAUGAGCCACCUGGCACGGGCGCCGCUGCCCUUCAAGCUUGUGCAGCACCACCUCAGCGAGAUGUGUGCGCCGGGCAUGGGACCGAACAAGAAUGCCCUGCUGAGCAAGCCGGAGCGUAACGCCAUGCUGAGUUGCACGAAUAUGGUUGACUUGGUGGAUUUCUUGGAUGAGAAGGCGAGGGAGAAGGGGUAUGGAGAUGAGUUUGGGUUGAGGAGGGUGGUGUGAGUUGUGUCAACGAGUCAGGUUGGGCUUUGAAGGAGUUCAGUUGUUUAUGUAUGGAAGAUGGCAAUCCCUGAAUAGAACAAGGCAUUGAUGGGGAUUGAGCCAUGGUUAAUGUGUGAAGUCCUGUUGAUCCAUAGCUUCAUGCUUACCGAUGGGCUCAAACGAGGCCCCCAGCUGCUUAUGGGGUAGCCUGAUAUGGAGGUGAUAAAACCUACCUCUCUUAUCUUUGCCGGCAUUAAACUUGUUAGCGCGGUGAUUUGCAAGUGGCAAGAACUCUAAUUUGUGUACAAAGAUCGGCGAGUUUGACCACUUCUGAAUCCUUG